AUGUCGAACUCCGCGCGAUCGACGGCGCGGCUGGAGAAGCGGAUGACGGACGCGUUAGCAGCGAGACACAAGACGGUGAAGAAGGUUCCGAAGAACUUCGACGCGUUCGUUCUCAAGUUCCCGCGGAUCAACGCGGGGCUGGAGAUACUCCGAGAAGUUUACGACAAGAUUGUUCCCGAGGGCAAAGAAGGCAUGUCAAUGGACGAGUUGAAGGCAGCUCUCGCCCAGCUGGAGGUGACUGUGAGCGAAGAGGAGCUCAAGGCCAUUUUCGCGCAGACGGAGUUGGACUCUUCGUAUGGGGAAGGGUCGGACUCUGUUCCAGCAGAGGAGGACACCGUGGUGUGCUUCAAUGCGUUCGUGCUCUGCCUGGGCAUUGUGUUCCUGCUGGAGUCGGCUGACAGCGAGCAGAAGCCACGCCUUGGCACAGGAGACAUUAACGCAGCCUUUCAAAUAAUCGUAGAUGCGUUUAUUUAUUUUGACGAGGACCAUGACGGGCAGCUCACGCGGGCGGAGAUUGAGAAGGGAUUCAGCAGCCACAACACCCUCAAGGAGGGCACGCUGCUUCGCAACAUCUCCAGGCGCAUGCAGGAAAUGGAUCGGGAUUCCAACGGUGUGUGCACAUUUGUGGAGUUUCUAAACGCCUUUGUUGGUUGGACAAGGAGCCACCUAGUCAAGAUGGUCAGAAUUAGCGUUCUUAACGAUGCGCUCAAGAGCAUGUACAACGCGGAGAAGCGCGGGAAGCGGCAGGUGCUCAUCCGCCCCAGCUCCAAGGUCAUCAUCAAGUUCCUCACCGUCAUGCAGCGACACGGUGCCUCCAAGGUCAUCAUCAAGUUCCUCACCGUCAUGCAGCGACACGGUGCGUGCGUGCGCGUGUGCAUUCGUGCGUGCCUGCGUUCGCGUGUGCGUGUUCGUGCGUGCGUGUGGGUGCGUGUUGCUUCGCUGAAAUUCGUCAUGGAGCGACACGGUUACAUCGGCGAGUUCGAGCUGGUGGACGACAGGCGGGCGGGCAAGAUUGUCGUGGAGCUGAACGGGCGGCUGAACAAGUGCGGCGUGAUCAGCCCGCGUUACGAUAUCGCUGUCGGUGAUAUCGAGAACUGGACCGAGCGCCUGCUGCCCUCCCGUCAGUUUGGUUACAUUGUGCUCACCACAUCUAGCGGCAUCAUGGACCACGAUGAGGCAAGGCGGAAGAACGUGGGAGGCAAGGUGCUCGGCUUCUUCUACUAA